UUCGAGAGGGUUUAAGGGUUUAAGCAAAUCCAUGGAGCCACAAUUUCCUUCCCUCUCCCAACGACUACCAGCGGCCCUGACUCGUCAAUAUCAUUCUUAUUAAACUCACCCAUUCACACUGAUUCCCGCGAGUGUAACUCGUCUAGGACAUCCGCCAAACCGACCAUGUCCGAUUCAGACUCUAAAGCCUCCGGAUCCAAAACCCUAGAAAAUUCACCGCAGCCUUCGGAUCGCCCAAUCGACGCGGAGCCCCAAGAGGGGGAAAAGACUCGAGAGGAUCCGGGCUACUCAGAGAAUGCAAGCUCCGACAGUGGAGGAGGAGAAAGAGAUGAGAAAGGAGGAGAGAACGGCGACGAGGGGGAGGGGGAGGAAGAAGGUGAGUGUGGAUUCUGUCUGUUCAUGAAAGGAGGUGGUUGCAGAGAGAGCUUCAUCGCUUGGGAGAAUUGCAUCGAAGAGGCCGAGAAGAACAAGGAGGACAUUGUGGAGAAGUGCUUCCAGGUGACUGGCGACUUGAAGAAGUGUAUGGAGGCUCACGCCGAUUACUACGAGCCAAUUUUGAGGGCAGAGAAGGCGGCGGAGGAGGAGGCCAUCAAGGAAUUGGAAAAAGAAGCAGCGGCAAAUGAUUCAGAACAGAAUGUGGCUGUGCCUGAGCCUUCAGAUUCCGAUUCGGACAAUUCCCAAGGCAUUUCUGCUGAGAAGCAUGACGGGUAGUCUGGUUUGUUCAUUUUCAAUUACAGAAUACAGAUUAUUGUUUUAGAAUUUAAGAGGUAGUAAAAUUGAGAGGAGGCCUUUUGCUAAUUUGAUGGCCUUCGAAUUUUGCGGAUGCAAAAGAAAAAAAAAACAGGGUUUAGAGGCCUUACAGGCCGAGAAAGGAAUAAAGAAUUAAGCUUUAAUUGGAUUCACUUGUCAAAUAAUUGGAUACUGGAAGUUUUUGUUUGAUUAAACAUUGACGACCAAUACUUUUUUUAUCUGUAAACUGUUUAUGUUAUUAUACAACUUAAUUUGAUAUUGAUCUUGAAAUUUAUAUUA